AUGGAUCCUGCUCGGAUAGCCCUUAACUUUGGCCAAAGUCCGACAAUGCGAUGCUUGACUGUGUCCAAGAUAGCAAUUACGGCCGACAAGUUCACCGUCGAAUUUAUGACACAUGAACUGCUGAAGAUUGCCCGAUCGGUUACCCAGGACCAGUCAGCGAUAUACAUCCAUGCCCACAUGAGACCCGACCCUCACCCGAGGCUUCUCAAGUCAGAUAUGCCAUGUAUCAGCAACCUAGUCGUUCACAGUGGCGCUGAUUCUUGCAGCAGCCUGCUUCUGUGUGACCAGCUUUGCCGGCUGCUCUCUGAACUCAAAUGUUCCAAGGAGCCAUUGCCGGACAUUUUGCAAGCCUUUCAAGUCAUCAUGUCAUUCGCCACAACCCUCCUUUUUACUGGUGCUAUAAUUAUUGUUGAACCGAAAGAGAAACUGCUUCGUCAUAUGAGGGAGGUUUCGGUUAGACUACUCCAGGACGGCCCAAGCAUGAUGCCUACAACCCUAUCCAGAUGGCAGACGUGGAUUCUGGCUGAAAGUGUGCGCAGAGCAAUCUUGAUGACGUGCCUCAUUCAAGGAGUCUACCAUGGAUGGCUUCGAGGCUUCUGUUAUCAUGAAGUAUUCAUCCAAGCACUGCCAUUCGAUGUUCGACCUGGCUUGUGGAAUGCAGAGUCUGAAGAUGAAUGGGACGGGCUUAUGAACAACCAUCCUCGGUUUGGCAGCUGGAAUAGAUGGUCAGAGCUGGUCUCGUUCCGUGAAUUCGCGGACUCGUUCGCAAAAUCUCCGUUUGACCCUGGGCUUGACAACUUCCAACGACUACUUCUCACAGCCCACCACGGUAAGGCACCUGUCGACAGAACAGUCGGAAUCUUGUUCACAUGA